AUGGCACCGACACCGCCACUGCUUCUUGCAGUCAAUAUGACUCUUCCUCCUCAGUUAGCAAUAAUGGACACUACGAACUUCAAAAUCACGGACCCUUGGUCCUUACAUGAAGAUCGCCAGGCAGGUAUCUUCGCUUGGUCCAUCAUGGGUUUCAUUUUUGUCUUAUUCCUAGGCAUGGUUAUCCGCGACAUGUGGCUGAAGUCCCGCACCGGAGAGCUCAGAGACGAGGCAAAAGGCUGCAAAGAACUCCUUUUUCUCCUUUUAAUGAUGCCCUUCAUGAUCUUCACCAAGCGUAAUAUCAAAGCAUUGUUAACCUGGAUCGCCAACAUUUUCCGCUCUCAAGAAAACAAGCGCGGUGGCAAGAUGGCAGGGACGGAAGGUGCUCUUAUGGAAGAACACGAAAACGCAGCUGUCAUUGAACGACUAGGCGGCGGAUCGACCAAGUCUGCAACAUCCUCCGAGAAAGGCGAAGAUAAGGGACUGGAUUCCAAGGGCAAAACGGCCGAGAAUGGGAGCCUGCCCAAGGUACCUGGCUUCGACACAGAAAAGGCCAUUUCCAAAGGCCAUGGGCUUCCACCAAUUCCAGGACUACCUGCUGUUUUCGAAGUUCCAAAGAUCCUACCGGCGAUAGUCGAAGGAGGUCAGAGCAAAGGAGGCAUCGCUAAACCUGAAACUGGCCCAAGUUCAAGCGAUUCACCGUCACUGAGCUUGAGUAUCAACCUUGGGCUCCUCGAAGCGGAACGACAACGUUCUUCUUACCUUGCUAGUGACACCGGGUCUUCUACGCAGGUUGGUGGUAGCUCUACUCCUGCCAGCCGGCAUCAAAGUCAUGGUUCAAGCUCUGCUUCUCCAGCCCCUGAUGGCGCUGAUCCUGCUUCUCAAUCUGUCAGCCACACUGAUGCAGAUACUGGCGGAGCGCGUGAUGCUGAAGGUGACGCACACCAUAACUAG